CUGCAGUCAGAUCUCCCAUUCCACUUCCCAUCAACAAAAUCUCAUUGGAAAGAAACUCUAUCAGUGCAUGAAAUGUGGAAAAAGCUUCAGGAAGAGCUCCACUCUCACUUCCCAUCAAAGAAUUCAUACAGGGGAGAAACCCUAUCAGUGUGUGGAAUGUGGAAAGAGCUUCACAGAUAGUUCCUCUCUCAUUUCCCAUAAAAGAAUUCAUACAGGGGAGAAACCCUAUCAGUGUGUGGAAUGUGGAAAGAGCUUCAGUCAGAGCUCCUCUCUCACGUUCCAUCAAAGAAUUCAUACAGGGGAGAAACCCUAUCAGUGCGUGGAAUGUGGAAAGAGCUUCAGAAAUAGCUCCUCUCUCACUUACCAUAAAAGAAUUCAUGCAGGGGAGAAACCCUAUCGGUGCAUGGAAUGUGGAAAGAGCUUCAGAAAUAGCUCCUCCCUUACUUCCCAUCAAAGAAUUCAUGCAGGGGAGAAACCCUAUCAGUGUGUGGAAUGUGGAAAGAGCUUCAGAAAUAGCUCCUCUCUCACUUACCAUAAAAGAAUUCAUGCAGGGGAGAAACCCUAUCAGUGCAUGGAAUGUGGAAAGAGCUUCAGAAAUAGCUCCUCUCUCACUUACCAUAAAAGAAUUCAUGCAGGGGAGAAACCCUAUCAGUGCAUGGAAUGUGGAAAGAGCUUCAGAAAUAGCUCCUCUCUCACUUCCCAUCACACAAUUCAUAGAGGGGAGAAACCCUAUCAGUGUGUGGAAUGUGGAAAAAGCUUCAUUAGAAACUCCGAUCUCACUUCCCAUCAAAGAAUUCAUACAGGGGAGAAACCCUAUCAGUGUGUGGAAUGUGGAAAGACCUUCAGUCAGAGUGCCCAUCUCACUUCCCAUCAAAGAAUUCAUACAGGGGAGAAACCCUAUCAGUGUGGGGAAUGUGGAAAGAGCUUCACUGAAAGCUCCUCUCUCACUUUCCAUCAAAGAAUUCAUACAGGGGAGAAACCCUAUCAGUGUGGGGAAUGUGGAAAGAACUUCAGGAAGAGCUCCUCCCUUACUUCCCAUCAAAGAAUUCAUACAGGGGAAAAACCCUAUCAGUGCGUGGAAUGUGGAAAGAGCUUCAGAAAUAGCUCCUCUCUCACUUCCCAUCAAAUAAUUCAUACAGGGGAGAAACCCUAUCAGUGCAUAGAAUGUGGAAAGAGCUUCAGGAAGAGCUCCCAUCUCACUUCCCAUCAAAGAAUUCAUGCAGGGGAGAAACCCUAUCAGUGUGUGGAAUGUGGAAAGAGCUUCAGGAAGAGCUCCCAUCUCACUUCCCAUCAAAGAAUUCAUACAGGGGAGAAACCCUAUCAGUGUGUGGAAUGUGGAAAGAGCUUCAGUCAGAGCUCCCAUCUCACUUCCCAUCAAAGAAUCCAUACAAUGGUCGGAAAAACCAUUAUACAGCUUUAGGAACCAGGCAGACGCACCUUUUUAACCAGGCUUUUGGCUGAUUGACAUCUAAUGCCCUUUAAAUAUGUGGUGGUUUUUUUUUGUUUCUUUUUUUUAUGUUGUAACCAUCCUGAGACCUGUGGGUGUAGGGAAUAGGUGCCAACUCUUAAACGACUAGGGGUCUAUGCCCCACCCCCAAUAAAAUAUUUAAGGAUGCCACCCCCCAGUUUUUGGUGUGCUUUUUUCAAACACAACCUUUUAUUCUUCUGCAGCUUGCCAUACAAUUUUUCUUUCAAUUUGCCCUCUUAAAAAAUAAAAAAAAAUAAACGCAGAAAGGUCAUGAGGAAAACAAAAUACAAGAAGAUACAAAC